UGUGACGGGAGGCUUCGUCAUAGUGUGAAAAAGUGUUAAGCGCACUAAAACAGAGGAUUCCUCUUACAGUAGUUGUUAAGAUGGAACUGGGUGUUACAGGAUUUUAAAAUGUCCUUGCUGUCACCAUGGAUACUCAUCCAUACCAACGGGGCAAAAACAGUCAUGUUUACUUUGAACUUUACCCCUUGUACGAUAUCUUUCAUCACAAAGUCUGUAUGAUUUAAAGAGGAGGAAUGUCACUGUCUACCAAACAAAGUCUCUAAAUGCAUUUAGCCAUACUGAUAGGUUUGUUUCGGCUGUGCCAGAUGUUAUCUUUGAAACUACUUUUUACCUACGAAAUAGUCGCCAUGAAACUAUUGACAGUGUUCUGAGGAUUAUUCUGAGUUUCUAAAGUGACACAUUGCUGGAUUCUAUGCACUACUAUUAAAAUUUAACUCCACUGUAUUGAAUUAGCAAAAGAAAUCUCAGAGGUGCAUAUCACAAAGCUUGGCCAAAUGAAACCCAAACUAUUGGUAUGGCUAAUAAAUAAGAGAGAAAAGGUUUUGGUCAUAUUUGGUGCUGUUGGGACAAGUUUGCAUCAAGGGCUUUCUGUCAGAAAGGGUUUUCUUGGUCAGGGUUAAGGGAAACAAAUGUGGUUUGGGGUUAAAAUGAACUGAUCUCUGACAGAAAGCCUUCUAAGUAAACUUCUCCUCUGUGCAUAUUUGGUUAACUGUUCUGAAAUUGGAGUGGCCCAGGAAGCACAAACCAAAGCUACGAUUUGAGUUAGUAACUUGAAUAAAACCGUUAAUUCAAACUGAAUUUGAUCAGAAGAGGAGAGAAUGAUGAUUCAGUCAAUGUGAGUGCUGAUGUCUUAUUUUAUGUGAUCUGUUCAAUCCAAGGACCCUUUACAUGUGUAUUUUCUAGUCAUACAUUGCUGGAAGAUGGUUGGUUUUUGGAGGUACUGGUCACAGUAAAUGGCUCAUAAUGUCAGCUAUCUUUUACUUGGACCUCUCUCUCUCUCCAAACCCACACAGUGAAGGGACCGUGUACAACAAGGCUAACAUGAUCAUUCUGUUUUUUUGUCAAUGUUUUGAUCAAGAUCAGUUAAUAAAUGUCACAUGGUUUAGAUUGUGUGCAGAUGUAUUUAUCCACGCAUCCUUGAGGUUUAUUUUGCCAACAUUUAAAAAAUUGACCACUGGGUGACAUAUAUUGGGACGAUUGGUAUCACGAGAUAGAGAGUGGUAAAUUAGUCAGCAGUUUUGGUUUAUGUAACCAGUGUGUGUGUUGACCAGUUAGUGAGGAAAUCCCCACGUACGGCAUGUCCAAGUAUGAAGUGGGCGUAGGGAAGUGAAUUACGGUUGUGUAUAUAUAGUAAUCCCAAACAGGCAGUCAACAGCAAAGAGGUCUCACUGGAGGAAUCAAAAUGAGCCUGUCGUCCGUGAUCAAAGCUUUCGGAUCUCUGUGUCUGCUGGUUGUGGAUGGAUUUCCAGUUUCUGAAGGUGAAUCUCCAAAGAUCAUUGGGCCAGAACACGUCAAAAUAAGAGCUCAGCCAGGUGAUCAGCUGUUUCUUCACUGUGAAGCGACUGCAAACUGUGAAGAUGUGACACUCAUCUAUUGGCUCGUCAAUGACUCCUUCCCUGAAGACACCCCCAGCAAUAGCAGAAUAGUAGAAUCAGAGGAAUCAUCUCUAGACGAUGGUGCGAUCCUACAGAGGAGUUUGCUGUUGAAGAAAGUCACGCCAGAAGACCUCAAAUCCACCUUCACCUGUGUCGUGACAAACGCUACUGGAAUGACUCGGAAGAAUGUAACGUUAACAGCAGCAGUUACUAACGACUGUCAUGGAGGAAAAAAGAGAAAACAUGGCAGGUUAACGCUCUGAGACGUGUUUGACUUGCAAACAACUUUCACAAGAGCCAACUGUAUCUGUGAAUGUACUAUUCUGUGCCAUACUGUUGGUUUGAGAAAACUCUGCAGCAGAAAUGUACAAAACUUGGGGUGCAUUUGGUUCCACAAUAGUGGAUCUCUUUCCUAUGAUGGGUUCCAAUCAGUGAGACAAGCUGUGUUAAAAUGUAAGAAGCCACUCCUUUUGAUCCUUUGGGAGGGAAAACUAGAGUGAGAGCAAACAUUAACUGGAGUACAUUACUGUCCUCUCCUGGUAAAGAUUUCAUGCAUUUUGAGAACCACCAUGUUUAUACAAGAAACACAACGUCCAGAGGCAACACUUGUGGAACUGCAUGCACCCUAAAUUACUGCCCUUUAGAUGCCUCUACUACACAAAGCUAAUAUUUACUGACUGCAGAAUAUAUAUAGAAUAUUGUAACAGUUAAUUGCUGAGCUAUUUGCUGUGAUUGUGCAUCAUUUCAGUGUCCGUGUUCGUUGGCAAUAAAUACACAUGGUUUGCUAA